GUCGGUGUCGGAUCCCCUGCCACUCAAUGUAUUCCCUGCUUGUCGACACAGGUUCUUCCAACACCUGGAUCGGCGCUAAUAAGUCGUACACGCCGACCUCCACCAGCAGCGACACUGGUGACACAGUGUCUGUCAGCUACGGUUCGGGCAGCUUCUCGGGCGAAGAGUAUACCGACACCGUCACGCUCGGUGAUUUGACCAUCACAAACCAGUCCAUCGGUGUCAUGUUUCCUGGACUCGUAGUAUUCCUGCAUGCCAUGCUCAAUUUGACCGUAUCGAUUAGUGUCGGCCCUGUUGCGCUGACCCAGGGCACCCUCGGUGGCUCCGAGUCCGAUGCUACGAUCCCUACCGGUCCUCGCCGUCUCUUUCCACCGGCGACCUCUGAGAGCGAUGCCAACGGUGAGCUCACCUUUGGCGGUACCGACUCCUCCAAGUACACCGGCUCCAUCAACUACGUCCCGAUCACGACCACCUCCCCCGCGAGCGAAUACUGGGGCAUCGACCAGUCUAUCUCAUACGGGUCCUGGCCGAUCUUGAAGUCCAGUGCUGGUAUCGUCGACACCGGCACGACUCUCAUCCUGAUCUCCACUGGCGCGUACAUCGAGUACAUGAUUGCUACCGGCGGGACUGUGGACGAGAGCACCGGCCUGCUGCGCAUCUCGAGCUCGCAGUACAGCAGCCUCAAGACGCUCAAUUUUAACAUCGGCGGCACGACCUACAGCCUGACGCCGAACGCGCAGAUCUGGCCGCGUUCGCUGAACAGCGCGAUCGGCGGGAGCGCCGACGAUAUUUAUCUCGUCGUGAGCGACAUCGGAGGCGAGUCUGGCGAGGGCCUCGACUUCAUCAACGGGUACGCGUUCCUAGAGCGCUUCUACUCCGUGUUCGACACCACGAACUCGCAAGUCGGCUUCGCAACGACCCCGUACACGAGUGCGACCAGUAAUUGAGGCGGCUGGUCAGCUCAAUGGUCCCAAAUGAGGGCAUCUCGAAGUCUGUGAUGCUCGUUACACUCUUUU